CAGCAUUCAGUUCCGGAAUACACCAUAAUAGUAUCAAAGUGAGAAGCAAUAAGACUAAAGUUGAUAUUGCUCUAAGAGCAGAGUGGAAGAGUGAAGCAUGAAAACAUGUAGAUUAUUGUGUUUACUUCUAUUAAUAAAAGUGCUUUGUAUCUCAGCUAAGGAUGAGUGUAAUCCAAAUGAUGGUCCCUAUAAGACUUGCAAUGAAUGUCUUAGAAAAGCAGGAGAAGGAUGUGCAUGGUGUCCGGGUAGGAAGGGUAACAAGGUGGUUGGAUGUGUCAAGAGUAACACACUAGACUGUGAAGAUCUUCAAAAAGUUGAGACUGAGAUUAGAAAAACAACUCGGAAUAAAAAUGUCAAACCCUCUGAAGCUUUUAUAAAACUACGUCCUAAUGUUAGAACAAAGUUGAAAUUCACAGCUUCAAAAUCUGAAAUGCCUGUUGACAUGUACUUUCUUUUUGAUCUAUCAAGAACAAUGGAAGACACCUUGAAAGAUUUGACCAAUAUAGCCGGAGAACUAGCAAAUAAGAUAGCUGAAAUAACAACUGACAGAAGUUAUGGUUUUGGCAUUUUCAGAGACAAGCCACUGCCUCCUUUUGAUAUUAAACAUAGCUAUGCUCACGAUUUUGAGCAUCGUAUGAAGUUAUCACCCAACAUUGAUGAUUUUAUCAAUCAGGUUAGAAAUUCAGAUGACAUCAUUGGUAACAUUGACAACCCUGAGGGGAGCCUUGACGCACUGAUGCAAAUCCUAUUGUGCAAAUCUGAAAUUGGAUGGAGAAAUGGUACAACUCAUAUAGUAAUCUUGAUAACAGAUGCUACUUUUCAUACAGCAGGUGAUGGCCUUCUAGGAGGAACCUGGAAACCUUACCAACAUACCUGCCAACUUAAACAACGGGGAAAUUUUCUUGUUUACGAUGCUAUAGAAAAUGAUUAUCCUUCCUUAUCUGCAGUCAAUUAUGAGCUUAAAAACCAGGAAACAUUUUUAAUUCUCGGAGUCAAAGACUACAUGGAGAACUAUUAUGAACAGCUAAAAAGAAGCUCAUCACUUGAGUUAAGCUAUGGAAUUAUAAAUGAUAAAAGAUUUGUCUCAUCAUCAGAAAGUCUAAAAAACUUGAUCUUGGAAACUUACAAAGGAAUAAAAAAUAAGAUGAUUCUCAACAAGGGGGUUCACAGUAAUAAUCUUAAUAUCAACUUGAAGUUUGAUCAAAACAGUAACUGCGAGGAAGAAGAAAAUAAUGAUUUAACAGGUCAAAUUUCUUGCAAUACAGUUAAGGUUGAUCAGGAGAUAAAUUUUAUUGCUGAGAUCUCAAUUACUGAAGCGGCAUGUGGCACUGCAGCUGAAUCUUUUGAAAUCAAAGUUUUUGGACAAGAAAACAGUAAUCUUAAAAUUACUGUAUCACCAGACUGCAUUUGUAAGUGUAUGGGUCAUUCAAAUAGUGACAAGAACACCUGCAGCGGCAAAGGUAGUCUAGAGUGUGGAACCUGCAAUUGCAAUUCAGGAUCAUAUGGUGACAACUGUGAAUGUAGUCUUGAAGAGGAGGAUGCAAGUACAUUUGAUGAGAUUCAAAAGAAAUGCAUUUCCCAACAACAUCAACUCUGCAACGAUCGUGGGGACUGCAUUUGUGGAACCUGUUCUUGUGCUGACCCCUACUUUGGGCAGUUUUGUCAGUGCAACAGAAAUAAGUGCAACUGUGGAGAACAUGGAGAUGGGUGUGAGUGUGUGAAUGAUGAAGAAGCAUGCACUUGCAAGGCUGGAUGGGAAGUUGGUCAAAGUGGACAAUGCGAUUGCUCCACAAGUGAUGACCAAUGUAAAGAUCCUUUCACUGGUCUUGUAUGUAACAAUAAAGGUUUUUGUAAAUGCAAUCAGUGUGUGGAAUGUGUAGAGAGUGAAGGGUACUAUUGCCAACAGCCAAAAGCAGAACAAUUUCAUGAUUAUCAAGAAAAAACAUGCGAGACCCUGGCAUCUUGCAUUAUAUAUGAUACAUUUGGCCAUAUUUUAAAGGCAAGUGGAACUGAGGCAGACCAAGUACUAUUGGAGAAAUAUUUAAAGGAGUGUCAGGAAACAAUGUUGAAAGAAAACAAAAGAAUUCAAUGUUUUCUUUCUUUGAAUGAGACAGAGGUAGGGGAUGAAGUCAAUUUUGAUAUUGAUAGCAUUGACCAGACACUAGAUGAGACUGUAAUCACAGGUACUACUGAUCAAUGUCAAAGAGCAUCACCUCCUGAUUUUGUAAAACUCCAGCAAUGCUCUACUAAAUUUAAGAAUUGUAACUUCCUCUUCUGGCAUGAUGCAACAAAUGGUCUGUUUGGUUACAGCAACACAGAUUUUAAUAAAAAGAUCAACAUCUACAUAAAAUACUACAACAAAACAGACAAUGGAAGGCUUCUCUACAAUGACUUGGUGGACUUAGACUAUGAACUGACCCCAGUAUUGUGCCCAAGCUUUAUAGAUAAAUGGAUUGUGAUCUCAAGUGUGGCAGGAGUAAUGUUCUUUCUGUUUAUUGUUGGUUUCAUUGUCUACUUUGUCCUUAUCAACCUCUAUGAUAAAUGGGAAUAUGAGAGGUUUAAGAAAAAUGCUGAAAUGGUUUGGGAUAUAGGGAACGUCACAAAGAACACUUUAAAUGAAGAAAAACGAGCAUCAAAAUUUGGGGAUAGAGUAAGAAAUAGAAUGAGCAGAAUGUCAAUGAGAACCUAAUAGUAGAUAUCUAUCUUGUGUGGACAUCAGAUAGCAGAACUUUUGUACCUAUAAUUCAUUUCCAUAACAUGUAUUCCUUUUUCUCCCCCCCCCCCCUCUUCCUGAAGGGUUUAAAUCUUAAAGGUAUUAAAAAUCUUCUUUAUUCUGUUUCUUUUAUUGGUCAAUCAAUGUUCAUAGUACAAGGAGUCAACCAUUAAAAGGUCAUUAUUUAAAGCUUGACCAAAUUCUUUGAAACAGAUUUAGUUUUAAAAUUAAAUUCAAGAUUACAAAUCUAGACUUUGUGGCGUAGAACCACUUUAUCCAAAUGUUCUGACUCUAAUACUGUUAAGUGUGCAUAUAUUAUAUUGUACAUGUUUUGCUUUUCUAUAUAAAUAAAACAUUUUGUUAGUAAA